UCUGACUCACUAUGUGUUUCAUUCUCAUUUAUGAAGAAUAUGUUACGAUUAUUUAAUGUGUCAAGUGUUAAAUCUUUUCAUCUUUGGCCUGCCUGUGCACACAGUCAAUUCUUUAUUAGUCGACUUCGAAGGUAACCUACUUAAAUAACCACGUUAGCUAUUUUGAGAUAGAAAAAGCUGGAGGCUGGUCCGCGGAUCAUUAGAUAAUAUCUGCUCCGUGAAUCAUAUUCGCUAUGGAAUCUUUCAACCCGGAAUCGUCAUUCAAACGAGAAUUUCAAAAGGAGUACAACAUUAUUCUGUUUGGCGAAACUGGCUCAGGCAAAUCCACUAUGAUAAACUAUCUGACGAAUUAUUUCCAUAAUGGUACACCGAAGAAUUUUAAAAUUGCCAUUCCUACGAAACAUCAUGAGGCAACCGAGGGUCUAGAGCACCACGAAGACAAUGUUCAGGAUGCUUCAAAAAGCCAAACAAGAGCCUGUACUAUAUAUGAUUUCAGAAAACAGGACACGAUAUUCAACUUCAUUGACACCCCAGGCCUCAGUGAUACUGAAGGGGUUGCACAGGAUGACUUCAAUAUUCAACAAAUUAUGGGUGCUGCUGAGCAGAGCGGAGUGCUGACAGCAAUCAUCCUCGUUAUAAAUGGAACGCAAGCCCGAGCUACAGUAAACCUACGCAACACGUUGUGUCUGUUGAGAAGCUCAAUACCAGACAUCCUUCUGCAGAACCUCGUCGUAGUUCUGACAAACUGCUCUGCUACUUCCGUCAACUUCGAUCUGGCACAUUUGAAACCUUGGACUAUACCGGAAGCGAAUAUUUUCCACAUGAACAACUCUGCUCUCAGUAGACCAGUAUCACAAUGGAUAAACAACGAGCGCAUGAAGAAAGAUUUGGAAAGGGAAUGGGAAUACUCAAUGGAAACCAUCGACGAACUGAUCCAGAGCUUGAAGCUGCUCGGUGGAAAAGCGACCGAGGCUUUUAAGCAAAUGCGCAUAAACAGAGACAGGAUAAAAUCGCAGCUACAUAGUAUCUUGCUGGACGUGAAGAAGUUCCAGGAUCUUCAAAACGAAUUAGGUAUUUUGAAAAUCACACAGCAAAAUAUAUCCACCGACAUCCAAAAAUAUUCCGACUUCAAGCGGACAAAGCGAGUGGAAUUCACAGAAUUUGAAAAAUGUAAUGAAUGCAGUACUAUCUGCUCUGUAUGCUCGAAAUUGUGCCGUGAGAAUUGGGCAAAUGUCAAUUCAUUCCACGGAGUCCUUGGAAUGACACUAGGCUCUAAUAUGAGUCUCAGAGGCAUAAUGAACUUUUUCAAAACUAUCUUUACAGGGCUGUGUAAGUGCAAACAUUCACAUUUCAGACACUACGACGACAACGUUAGGCCAGUCAAGAAAACAAAAACCGUCGAGGAAAUUCUCGAAGAUGUGAAAAACGCCUUUGAUCACCACAUGAACAAAAAUGAGAAAAUAGAGUCUAAAAUCGGUGACCUGGAUGCGGAUGUCGCUGCGCUGAAACAUGCACUUGACGAGAAAGAAGUGGAAAUCCGCAAACACUGCAAUGAGCUUAAGAAGCUCUGCUCACAGUUUAACUUUGUGGAUGAACUCCAGGGUGUGAUUGCCGUCAUGGACAGAGAUGCCCGUACGCUCACCUCGACGGAGGCAAGAGCCGAUGCCGAGAAGAGAAUCGGAAAUAUCAAACACGUGGUCGAUACGCUGUCAAGCUCUGGAAUGAGCGGCUAGAGCGUUAAAUUCCAAUAAAUCAUUUUGUUGAGGAGUAUUACAUCGAAAUAUGUGUAUAUUAACAUUGGGCUUAAACAAAUUGUUUAGUGUUGCUAUUGUCUUAUCAUAACCUAUAAAUGUGAAAUAAAGAUUUUUGGCCAUAUAUGUGGUUCGUUCGUUCCGCUGAGCGAUAUGGCUACUGGA